AUGCGAUCCGCACAGUCCGUUUUGAGGAAGCGCGACGAGGAAUUCUGGUACUGCGACGGAAGCAUCAUCCUCGUAGCGGGCGACGUCGAGUUCCGCAUAUACAAAGGACUUCUCGCCGACCACUCUCCUGUAUUCAAAGAUAUGUUUUCGCUACCACAGCCUCCGGUUGCCGCCUCCCCGACUCGGACAAACGACCCCUGCCCCGUGGUACACCUAUCGGACUCUCCUGACGACCUGCGGCACGUCCUCCGCGCAUAUAUGCCCAAAGGCGACCCCAGGUACCGCUCUGUUCCGUUAUACUCAUACGACGAAAUCUCGGCAGCUAUCCGACUCGGCCACAAGUACCAGAUGUCGAAGUUGCUCGACCACGCGCUCGACUAUCUCAAGCGGCACUACACAAACGACUACACGACCUGGUAUGAUCACGCCGACUACGUUCCUCUGGGCUUCAAGCACCAAUUCUACGCAAUUGGCGUGGUCAACCUCGCGCGCCUGACCGGCGAGACCAGCAUCCUCCCAACCGCGCUCCUCGCGUGCUGCAUGCUCGGCAAAAACCUUGCCCACGGCUUUGAGCGCGUCGACGGGUCCCGCGAGCACCUCAGCCUCGACGACAUUGGCUUGUGUAUCGCCGGGAAGGACAAGCUCAUCAGGGAGUCCAUCAGGGUCGCGUUCCGCGUCUUCCGGCCAACCGUCUCGGACCGGUGCAAGACACCCGGCUGCCUCGAAGCCUUCAGGAAGAUGGCCACCGGUGCCGAGCAGUUCGUCGACCACAUCUCCGAUCCAGAGCCGUGUGGCGUGUUCUACAGCACCAUCGCGGACACCGGGCUUUGCAGGCACUGCCAGGCGAUGGUCAAGGAGCGCGACAAUAGCGAGAGGAGAGCGGUAUGGGCGAAGCUUCCCGAGAUAUUCGGGGUCACAUUGCCGCCGGAGGCUCCCAGGGUCGGUGUCCAGGCUGGCGGAAACGCAGGUGCUCCCGCAUCGUGA